CCGGCAACGAAGAAGAUGACGACGCUCGGGUUAAAAAGGGAAAAAUGGCGAGCGAAAAAUGGACAAAGGUCCAAGAAGAGGCGUUGGCGAAGGCGUGGGUACAUUGCUCUACCAACAAAAAGAAGGGCAAUCAACAAAACCGCAAUAGUUUUUGGCGUAAGAUUUUAGAUCAUUUUAACGCCACCGUUGGUGGAAGUAACCGGACCGUGCAUCAAGUACGGUCUAAAUGGACCCCGAUGAUGACGAAAAUAAACUUUUUCAACGGCCUAUACCAACAAGCGGAUCGCACACGAGGAAGUGGGUGUAAGGAUCUCGACGUGAUGAAAGUCGCUUUAAAGGAAUUUAAAGAGAGAUAUCCGAACGGUUUUCAACAUGUCGAGGCGUGGGAGGUCGUUCGAAAACACGACAAAUGGGCCCAAGUCCCAUUGUUGGGUGAGGAAGGGGAAGGUUCGGCACAAAAAAGAAAGCCCGUUGACGUGGACCCUUCCAUACUCAAUAUGAACGAAGACCCCUCGCCACAAAGAACACAACGGCGAGACAAGCGUCAAGCGACAUCGUCCGAGGGAAGCUCGGCCGAGUUGGCGGCACAAUUCAAAGAGUACACCGCCAUGAAAGAAGCGAAGCACGCGAUGGAAUUGGAGGCGAUUGAAUUGAGGAAGAAAAGAGAGUCGGAGGCUCGCGAGCUCAUAUCGGAACAACGCGAGACGAUGAAAAACUACAAUUACGAUCGAGAUAUGAAAACAUUCCUCAAGCCGCACGACGAUGCUCCGCCAAAUAUGUUGCCGUUCAUCCUCGCCCGAAAGCGCGACAUCGCUAACAAGUACGGGUGGCCGUGCGAUUUCUAAAAUUUUUAUUUUCUAGUUUUAAUGUAAUUUUUAUUUUCUAGUUUUAAUGUAAUUUUUAUUUUCUAGUUUGAAUGUAAUUUUAAUUUCUAGUUUGAAUUUAAUUUUUAUUUUUAUUUUCUACUUUGAAA